ACAAAUUAGUCCAUCAUCAGUAUAAUACUCACACACAAACAUCAUCCUUCUUCUAUUGUUUUAUUAUUCUCUCGUUCAAAUCCAUUCAUUUUCUCAAGAAAAUUAAUUAACAUGGCCAAAGAUGUGGUCUCUAGUACUUUCCAAUCUCCAUCAUCCAAUAUUAAUGGAGAAAAUGAUCAUGAACCCUCUUCUAAAUCAUGUGUUGAGAACAACAAGAGGCUCAAAAUCUUUGGUUUUGAGCUGGGGCAGUCCGAUGCAUUAAAGCUUCCGCUAUGCACGGGGUCUAGAGAAGAAUCAGACCACAAGCUUGGUUUUGAGCUUAUUGAUCCAAAAAAAUCUCCAAAAGAGAUCCAAGAUAUUUCAUCAAAAGAAGAUCAAGAAAGUGUAAAUUCCUCAUCAGCUUCAACAAUUUCAUCAGGAAAUAUUAGAGAUCAUCAAGAAAAAAUAUUAGCUUCAUCAAAUGAAGAAUUAUUGAAGAAAUUUGAGUGUCAAUAUUGUUUCAAACAAUUUGCAAAUUCACAAGCUUUGGGAGGUCAUCAAAAUGCUCAUAAAAAGGAAAGAAUGAGGAAAAAAAGGCUACAACUUCAAGCAAGAAAAGCAAGUUUAAGUUGCUAUCUUCAACCUUUUCAUCAUCAAAAUUACAACAACAACAAUAAUAUUAUUAAUUAUCAAGUUUAUGAUCCUCAAUUUACAGUUUAUGAAGAAUCCCAAAUUAGUUUUAGCCCUUAUGAUAAUCAAGAUUAUCAAGUCUCAUCAACAGGAGGAAAGUGGCCAUUUCAUCAAGAGUCUAAUUGUACAUUUACUCUUACACAUGGAGGAAAUUACAUGAAGCCUCCAUCAACUAGUUUGGCCAAUUCAGCUACCGAACAAAAAAGCUCAUGUAAACCUUUGGAUCUUCAAUUGGGAUUAAGUUUGUAAUAUUAGUUAAUGCAAAGAUAGAAUUAAUUACGGAGUAAUAUUUUUAGUGUUAUUCUAGCUUAGAGUGUGUCUAGAAAUUUAAGAGCCUCAUGCAUGGUCAACUUUUAAUUAGAUCACUCUUUAUACAUUUUGUAAACAUAUUGGAAGAAAAAGCAAAGAAAAAGAGAUGAUUUUUGCUAAUUCUUUUAUGUUUUUUUUUUUUUUUUUUUUGGAUAUUAUGAGAAUAUAUCAUAUACGACUGAGUAAUUCCAACAACCAAUUCACUUUUGUAUGAUAAAACUAAACUGCAAAUACAAUAAUAAUUAUACGAUUGUUACGCUGUAUUGUGAGAAUAUUGCAUCAUGAAUUAGCUAACUUUGAGUUGGUUGUCAGUUUACUGCAAUACUCCUUCUUUACUUGGACUUGGGAACAACUAUAUGAUGAAGUUUACACAAGAGGAAUUAGAAUUAAGUUGCAAAUACAACAACUAUUUUACACAUCAAUUUCAAAC